AUGCCACUUCCCGGCAAGGUGAUUGGGCUGCGUAUUACAGGCGUCCUGGCCAGCAUGUUUUCCGUAGGGUUCCGUCUGGACCUGGACCUGGACCUGGACCUGGACCUGGGACGAACAAGCCGCGGGAACCUAGGCGAGUGUGACGGCGCAUCCUUUGGUUGA